CCUCCUUCAUCCCAACCUCACCGCGACGGCAGCCGGCAGAACUUGCCGGAAAGACAUGGCAAAGAUCUACCCGAACUCACCCAUCUCUUCGUCUCCUCUUGCGUCCAUCUCGGCCGAAUCGCAGCCGGCAACCCUCACCGUCUGGCGUAAGUCUCUCCUCUUCAACUGUAGCGGCUUCACAGUCUUCGAUUCCAAGGGAAACCUUAGCUUCCGAGUCGACAACUAUUCAUCCGCGAGUCGCACAGAGAUCGUCCUCAUGGAUGCUGCCGGCAAGCCCCUCUACACCAUACGCCGUAAGAAACUAAGCAUAGCAGACCACUGGCAUAUCUUUGACGGCGAUGCAUCGGCUUCGCGGCCUCGGUUCUCUGUGCGAAAGCACGUUUCUCUGCUCCCAUCCAAAGAACUAGCAUAUAUGACCACUUACGGCCGCGAAGAAGGGAUCAUUUACGGCAUUGAGGGUUCCUUCUCGCACAGAGCUUGUGCUGUCUAUGAUGAUCGACGGCGGCAAGUAGCGGAGAUCAGAAGGAAGGAGCCGGUGGCCGGCGUCGCUUUCGACGGCGAUGUGUUCCGCCUCAUCGUGCAGCCAGGCUUCGAUGCCGGCCUUUCGAUGACUGUUGUGAUACUGCUCGAGCAGAUGUUCGGCUCGCGGGUGAGGGACCUCAAGGACUGAGCGGUCUCCGGCAAGGUUACUGUUGGCAUUUUGAAACUGUGGAGGGGGUGGCUGUUAUUAGCGCAGGUUUAAUUUUGCACGUAAACGCUGUGCUAAUAAAGCACUUUUAGGCGAUUCAAAGUGUUGAUUGUACGAUAUUAGUAUUCAAAAUAGGCGUAGUAAUUUUUCUUAUAGA